ACAUAAUCUUAUCGAUUUCGGCACGUUUAACAUUACAAAAUCUCGAGAUAAAACUGCUCACUUUUGAUUUUCAACUGGUGAAAUGAAGUUGAUUGUAUUAAUUUUGGCGACUGCAUUUGCAGUUUCUGCCUAUAAAUCAUACCAUGGGUACCAAGUUCUUACCUCAAGAGUUGUCAUGGCAGCUGAUCUUGAGGGGCUGCACCAUCUGGAAAGAGAUUCCCGUUUCAUUUUCUGGGCAAGGCCUGCAGUCGGCCGACCUUUGAUGGUGAUGACUUCUCCAGAGGCUGUUGAGAGCUUGUGGCAACAGCUGGAUCUCAUGGCUUUGGAACCAUCUGUACACAUUGAAAACGUUGGAUUGAUUGUAGAACGAGAGUUUCAACAACGACAGGAGUUUAAAAACUUCCCUUUAAAUAGAGAGGUGUCUUUUGAGCGGUAUAUGACACUUCAGGAAAUUAUCGACUACACAGAGGAAGUGGUCCAGAAUAACCCCUCAAUUUCAAGCUUGAUAGACUUGGGAACAACCUACGAGGGCAAUCCAUUGAGGGCAGUUAAAGUUAGCAACGGUCCAGGAAAAAGAGGAAUCUUUCUUGAUGCAGGAAUUCACGCAAGAGAGCACAUCACUCCUCCUGUGGCACUCAAACUGAUUUAUGAGCUUAUUGAAAAUUACGCUCAGAAUCAAGCUUAUGUUGACCUCUUUGACUGGUACAUUUUGCCAUCAGCAAAUCCUGACGGUUACAACUACACCUUUAAUGAGGACCGAUUUUGGAGGAAAAAUAGAAAUCCCAAUGAAGGCUUUGACUGUGUGGGAACUGAUCCAAACAGGAACUUUAAUAUCAGCUGGGGAAUUGACGGGGAUGCUGACCCAUGCAAUGAAGGCUAUCGAGGAAUUGCAGCAUUUUCAGAGGCUGAAAGCUCAGCGAUUGGGACUGCUGUUAGAAACAUUGAGGAAAAUGGAGGACUGGCGCUCUACAUGUCAACGCACUGCUUUGGAACAUUCUUGAUAUAUCCAUGGGGUUUUACAUAUGAGUUUCCCCAAACUUUUGAUGAGUUGACCAAAGCAGCGAAUUUGACAGCUGCGGCCAUUGAGGCUGUGUAUGGCAGAAGAUACAUAAUAGGCACUAGUGCCAAUGUGUAUUUCCCCGCAGUUGGCGCCAGUAUGGAUUAUGCAUAUGCGAUUGGGAGUAACAAUACCUAUUCCUACACAUGGGAGCUGCCUGCAGGCGGAGAGUUUGGAUUUGAGCCACCCCCAGAGGACAUCCUGCCGAUUGUUCAGGAAAUUUGGGAAGGAGUUAAGGCUCUUGCAACCUACAUCAGCACUAAAGCUUAAUUUGCUGCCAUUUUGAGGGAAAAUAAAGCGCAUACUUGGAUAAUGA